AUGAAUACAUGGGUAGUAACUGUUAGUAAACGAGUUAAUUUGCAACGAAAGCAGAGCUUUCACUUUAUAUCCCCAAGAACACAUAGGAGUAAAUAUGUUGUUAAGAAAAAAAUAUUUUUUUUUAAUAAAAGAAAGUUAAGUGUAUCACAAUGCAACGAAGAAAAUAAUAUGGAUACCAUUUUCAAAUAUACAAAAUAUGGCGAAACCAAUGAUAAUAAGUAUAUAAAUAUAUUAGAAAAGAAGGCAAAUGAAAUUAAAAAUUCUAAAAAUAGUUUUAAUAAUUAUAAGAUGAAGAAUAAUAAAUAUGAGGAAGAACAAAACUGUUCCUAUCAACCAUUAGAUUAUACGACAUUACAUGUAUUAUCUUUUGAACUAAAUGCAUUAUUACAAGACUGUGUAGUACAUCAUAUAACUCAAGCAGACGACAAAACGAUAGUUUUACAUUUAAAUAAACGAGAAAAAGAAUAUUAUUUAUAUAUAUGUUAUGAUAACCAGAAUCCUGUAAUUUCUCUUGGUUUAAAAAUAAAGAAGUUAUUUAAUCGAUUCAUAGAUGAUGACUAUGCACAAAAAUUAAACCCCGUUUUGAAAUAUUCCAUUAUUUCUAAUAUAUAUAUGAAAAAAAGUUUUAUAAAAAUAUUAUGUAUUGAUUUUAUAUUAAAAAGAAAAACUCAAGAAGAUAUUGAUAUUGAAGAUAUAUUGUCUAACACAAGCAUUAGUAGAAAAGUAACAUUAUUAUUUGAUCUACAUCAUAAUUCUUGUAUUUCUUUUGUUAUUAAUAAAGUAAAUAAUGAAAUUUUAAUUUCUCCCCAUAAUUAUAUAACAGAAAAAACUAUAGAUAAAUCUUUUAAAGAAGGACAUACGUAUAUAUUCCCUACCAAUGAUGAAUGUAAAAUAAUUCCGAAUCAUUAUGAAUUUUUUUCUUCUUUUUUAAAAUUGUUUAAAUCAAGAAAAGAGCAAAACUUCAUUUCGUCCAUAUUAGAUCUAUAUGAAGGACUCAGUUAUAAUAUACUUUUAAAAUUUUUUGAUCAUUUAAAUAUUUCAAGUGAUAUAAAAUUUUCAGAUAUAGACCCAGGCUUGCUACUAGACUUUUUUAAUAAUACAUAUAUUAAAUGGAUUCGCUUUUUAAAUUUAAAAGAAAAAUGUGACACGCUCAUUUUUUAUCCUCAUUUUGAUCACACAUUGAACAUUUAUUGUGUUGUGAAGUUUUUGACACGAAAAACUAAUUAUGCAUUUUUGAAUACCCCUGAACAUAAGUACCAUAGCGCCGAAACACGUAGGUUUCUUACGGCAAGUGUAACUGCAGAUAUUACUGGCACAGAGGUGAAGCAAUCGUUUGCAGAUCAAACGGUUAACAAGAGUGGAAAGGAUGAAGGAGCUUAUGAUUACAGAAAGGAAAUGUCAAAGGAAGGAUACGGCAAAGAUGGUGAGGAGGAAUCAGGAAUGAUGGAUAUCAAAAUAGAGAGCGGCAAAAUGGAUGAGGCAAAAAUUGAGAGCGGCAAAAUGGAUGAUGCAAAAAUUGAGAGCAGCAAAUUGGCUGAUACCAAAAACAGAGAAACAUACUUUGAAACAGUCAUCGAACUGGUCUACUAUUACUACGGAAAGUCCCUUUCUGUAAAUAAAUUUUACUCAACAUUAAAAUAUUGCAAAGAAUUUAUUAAAAAGAAGAUACCACUGUAUGAAGAAAUGCUGAUGCAGUAUAAAAGUGAACGAGAGAUAUGUGAAAAGGCUUAUUUGUUACAUGAAAACUUAAAUAAGCUGAGUGUUUUUAAUCAUACUAUAUCGAAAAUGAAAGACUGGAUAGACAAGAAAACUUUUGAUGCAUUAAAGUUAAUAGAAAAUGAAUUAAAAUUUAAUUCAAUAGAAGAUAAUAGAAAAAAAUACGUAAAAAGGAUGGAAGAAAAAAAACAGAAAGAAGAAUUAUUACAAAAAAAAAUUUUAAAUGUUCAACCCAAUGUUAUUAAAACAUCUCAAAAUCUUUAUAAAGGCUCUCUUUUAAUUAAAGUUAAUGAAACCGAUUUAUCUUCUCCAUUUAUAAUAGUAGGUAGAAAUAGUAAACAAAAUGAAAGAAUAUCAACACAAAUUUUAAAAUUCAACGAUUUGUGGUUUCACGUACAUGAACAUCCAGGAGGUCAUGUCAUAUUAAGAAAUAAAAAAAUUAAUGGUAAAAUAAUUACGGCAGACCUAAAUGUUGAAGAUAUAAACGUUGACGAUGAUAUUAAAUAUGCUGCAAAUAUAGCUGCCUAUUUUUCCAAAGCAAGAAAGCUCGAUAAAACCCUCGUCUGUUUCACCAUUGGAAAGUAUGUUUUAAAGGAUAACACCUUAAGCGAAGGAGCGGUUGAAGUUUUGAGAUACAAAUUAGUAUAUGGCAGACCAAGCAAAGUAUCAAGUGUUAUAAAAGACCUCAAGGAAAGAAAUAAGGAGAUCGAACUUUCUAAUAAAAAGAAAUAG